AUGUGGUAUACCGGAUUUGUGUUGUUCGCUGUAGCUGUUGGAGUUCAUUCAGUUUCAGAUAUUAUCCUAUCAGAGAAGGUUCCUCUUGAAGGCAGACCCAAUGCCGCCGGGCUCCCGAACGCGGAUACCAGAAUUGUGAACGGGGAGGAAGCUGAUAUAAAGGACUACCCCUACCAAGUGUCAUUUAUCGUUAACAACUCAUAUUUUUGCGGAGGUUUUAUCGUUGAAACAUGGAAGAAGAAAAGAAUCGCCGACGGUCAAAGUCGAGAAAGACAGCCACACCCCGUCGUCAUGAAACAGUCGCUGCUGGAAGUCACAGUUGCAGCAGAUCAAGAGGCCGCACAGUUUCUCGAUCACCAAACAUGCGUAGGGCGAGAUGCCGCCGGUCACGCUCGAGAGGUUCAAGGCACUCCAGAUCCACUUCGAGACGGAAGUCACGUGAGCAUUCGAGAUGUAUUAAUUCUAAGCAUCAAAGAAAGUCGUCUAUUGAAAGAUCCAGAUCAAGAAUAA